AUGGAAAAAAGGGGAAUCCUUAUCAACGACAAUCAUGCGAAUGGAAAUCUCUGUCUGUUUCAAGAAAAUCCGGAAGAGAUUCAUAUGCUGUUAGGAGCGGACACCGCAGCACAAUUGUUCACUGAAAGAAUUGAACAUUUUGCGGGGGAUUACGUAGCCUUUGAGACCAAAUUGAAAAUUCCUCGUUGGUUAAAUAUUGAUUACGGAAACGAAGAUACCCAGCUCCACGUUUUUUCGGAUGCUAGUAAAAGAGCCUAUGCCACAUGUGCAUUUUUAAGAGCUGAAACCAUCGAAGGUGUAAAGGUUCAGUUAGUAAGCGCGAGAAGUCGAAUAGCCCCUAUUAAGGAACUUACGAUUCCACGGCUUGAACUUCUUUCCUGUCUGAUAGGUGCCAGGCUUGCCAAAACAAUUCUAUCAGAUUUGAAACUUAAGAAUUGUAGAACAGUGUUCUGGAGUGAUUCUUCUACAGCUUUGGGGUGGAUAAGAAGAGAUCAAGCAUGGGGUACGUUUGUUCAUAAUCGAGUACAAGAAAUAAGAUCGCUUACCAGAAUAUCUGACUGGAGGCAUGUACCUGGAAGUUUAAACCCAGCGGAUCUCCCAUCGAGAGGAUGUACUAUUGAGCAAUUACAGAAAUCGGCAUGGUGGGAGGGCCCAUCGUGGCUUUACUUACCAGAAGACGAGUGGCCCCAUGUAGAAGAAAAGCCUGAUGAGGAACUUAUAAACAAGGAGAAAAGGAAAACGAUUCUGACUCUUCUAGAUCAUGGAGACAAUUUGGACCGGUACUACAAAUACUUCUCUUCAUAUAGAAAAACCGUGAGAAUGAUCGCUUGGAUUUUCAGGUUUUAUCACAAUUUAAAGAACAAAGAUAAAAACCUCACUCCUGAUGUCUCAGUUGAUGAAUUGGAGAAUGCUGAAAAGGCACUUUGUAGAUUGGUACAGAAAGAAUCAUUUACAGGCAUAAACGAUCCCGCUAUUCGUGCGCUGAGACCAAUCGUAGACCAAAAUGGAAUUUUAAGAGCCAAAAACGAACGUCCUACAGCGUCAGAUAAUGAAAAUUUCCGAUAUCCUAUCAUUUUACCUUCAAAACAUAUUCUUGUUGAGAGACUAAUUUACGAGAAACAUCUAGAACUCCAGCAUGCUGGUGUCAGCACUUUAAUGACAAAUCUUAGAGAAAACUUUUGGAUAUUAAAAUCCAGAAAAAGUAUUCGAAAUAUUAUCAGAAAAUGUGUAAGAUGUAAAAGAUUUGUUUCACAAAGAGUGGAAGUCGAGCCAGGAUUUCCACCCGAAGAUCGAGUCAGAGAAGGGGCGACUUUUGAAGUCGUCGGUGUAGAUCUAGCUAGUCCUCUCUAUCUCCGGACUAACAGUGUUCUUAAGAAAGUUAAUUGGAACGCCAUAUGUUCAGCUGCUUCUAUCCAAAGGAUACGAUGGAAGUUCAACCCUCCGACCGCCGCCUGGUGGGGAGGUUGGUGGGAGAGGCUUGUGCAAAUGGUGAAAGAAAAUUUAAGAAGAGUGUUAGGUCGAACGUCCUUAAAUUAUGAAGAAUUAUAUACUAUAUUAUGUGACUGUGAACAAGUGAUUAAUUCGCGACCUAUCACAUACGUAUCAGAGGAUAAUCAAGAUCCAUCACCACUGACCUCUAUGAUGUUUCUCCAAGAAUUGCCGUCAUCAGGAGUUCCUGAUAUGGACUACGUAGAUUCCAAAGAACUAAACCGCCGAGCCAAAUACCGACAGAGAAUAAGACAUGAUCUACGAAACAGAUUUCGUAAUGAAUAUCUUGGUCAGUUGAGACAACAGGCAAUAAAGAAGGGAAAAUUUCAACAGUUGCAAGUAGGCGAUGUCGUUCUAUUGGAAGACAGCCAGAGACGACGCAUACAUUGGCCUUUAGCCAAGAUAGUCGAGCUUUUCCCCAGUAAAGACGGAAUAGUUAGACUAGCGAGGGUCAAGACAAGAAAUGGUAUUCUGCUUCGUCCAGUGCCCCGGCUUUUCCCGUUGGAGAUCUCUACUUCCGAAUCCGUUGGCCCUCCGUUCCCCGACAGAGCACCUCGAGAUAGAAACGACCAUGCAACUGGUCAGGCUGAUCAGGCUGCUAGUAUUCCAGAACCUGCCUCAAGUCCUCGAGUGAUGACCAGAGCUGGACGAGUUGUUCGGCCUCCUCAUCGACUGGACCUGUGUGUAUUGAGUUCCUCCGCAUCGUCGGAUCUCAAUGGUGGGAGGGGAUGUUACAUCUAA